CCCGGAUGUAGACUACUUCUGCAUUGACGUCAAGUCAAAAGUCCAUGAAGAUGCGGCGCGGCGGUUGGUGGUGAAUGAACAAUUCGCGGCGAUGGAGGCUAAAGCGGUGAAGGCGAUCCUGUUCGACCUGGACAACACGCUCAUUGAGACCAGUCGGGCGGGUAGAAGUGCGAUAACAAAGACCCGUGAGCUUCUGAAGGCCGCGCUGGCCCUGGACGACGGCACAAUCAGCAGCGUCUGUGACCAGUUCCAGCAGAAGCUUCACCAGGAAACCUUUGACCCCUCGGCCGGCAGGUCCAUCGACGAGGUCCGCGUGGGCCACUGGGAGGAGAGCAUCCAGGAGGCCGUGGGCGGAGCUUCUCCACCUGCGCUGGCAGCUCGGUGCUACUACCUGUGGAAAACCAGCCGCCUGGAGGCCCUCGGCCUGUCCGCCGCCGUGCGCGACCUCCUGAAGCGACUGCGCGGCGGCGGCUACAAGCUGCUGCUGCUGACCAACGGGGAGCCUCAGACCCAGAGGGAGAAGGUGGAGGCGGUGGGCUGCGAGGAGUUCUUCGACGCCAUCGUGAUCGGGGGGGAGCACGCUGAGCAGAAGCCGUUCGGCUCCAUCUUCGCGUUGUGCUUCGAGCGGCUGCAGGUGGAGGCGCGGCACUGCGUGAUGGUGGGCGACUCGCUGGACACGGACAUCCAGGGAGGGGUCAACGCCAACGUGAGGGCGACGGUCUGGAUCGGCGAUGGCGCCAGGCCCGACGGGUCGGUGGCGCCCGACUACACCAUCGCCACGGUGCUGGAGCUGCCUCACGUUCUACAGCUACUGACAUAAAACGAGUGAUUCAAACCACGCGUCCCUUCACGUGGGAAUGUGUAACCAUGGAAACGGUAAAAGAUGAUGGUCAUGAUAUUUUACAAUUCCAAUACUUAAAAUUAAAAAAAAAAGGGGUUUUAUGCAUUCUAACCCUCUUACAAUCCAUCUAAACAUUUGCACGUGUCAUAAUUGUACAAGAGUAUUUUUAUUCGACAAAAUCAUUUAUUCAGAUUUAAGUCUUAUAAUAUCUCUAUAAGAUCACAAUGUUUGCUGGUAAUUCAAUAAAUACAUGUUUUAAAUUA